UGAUCCCAUUUCGAGCGAUUUCGAGCCUCCUGUGAAARUUGCAAACUUCAUCGAAAGUCAUGAAAAUAGCAGGAAAAGUAGCCGUAGUUACUGGUGGAGCUCAAGGAAUAGGCAAAGAAAUAUGCAAAGCAUUGCUUGUUCGAGGAGCAAAUGUUUGUAUUUUGGAUAUUAACAAGCAUGAAGGGCAAAACCAGACCAAAGUCUUUCAGAAUAUGUUCAGCCAAAAGCAAGUAUUGUUUGUUCCUUGUGAUGUCUCAAAGAGGGAUCAGUUUGAAGCUGCAUUUCAAAGGACACAUGCACAGUUUGGACACAUCGACAUUGUCUGCAAUAAUGCUGGUAUUUUCAGUAAGCAUGACAUGGCUGACAACGUUUUUGAGAAAGUGAUUGACAUCAAUAUGAAAGGUGUUAUUUUGGGUACUAAACUUGGUCUUCAGUACAUGGGCACAUCAGGUAGUAAAGGUCAUGGUGGAGUCAUUGUCAAUGUUGCUUCUGUUGCAGGUUUGGUACCUGCACCUGAUCAUCCUGUCUAUGCGGGCACUAAACACGCCGUGGUUGGUUUUACCAGAAGUCUUGCUAUCAGGGCGUUGACGAAAGAUAGUGUUCGGGUAAACUGUAUUUGCCCUUCUUUUACCGACACAGACAUGGUAAGAUCCGGAGGUUUGGAUGAUCCAAAGCUACAGGAAAAUGCAGCCAUUCAAUUCAUAGCUAAAUAUGGACUCUUAAGUCCAGAGCUGAUAGCAACUGGUGUGAUUGAGCUGAUUGAAGACGACUCGAAGAAUGGUGCUGUAAUGCGCGUUACAAAACAAAAGGGCAUAGACUAUAAGAAAUACCAUGAGCCCAAAUUAUAGGGGAUUGAUAUGUAUUGUAGCAUAGCUCAAUAUUUUCUCAAGAAAAAAUUAAUGAUUUUAAUGAAUGUAAAAAUGAACAGAAUAAUAAAUAAAAUCCAUGCAGCAAGACACCGCAUAAACAAGUCAUGGUUGAAAUUAGGUAAAAUACGUAACAAUAAUGAUAAUAAUGACUGAGGUUUUUAGAACGCAACAUUUAUAAAAUCUCAUUGCAUGUACAUAGACUCUAGUAAUUGAACGCGGGACUAAUUUGCUCAGGUACUAACAGAAUAAAAAUGUUUUUAAGCAGA